GAGCCAACUGCAGGUCUGGGUAUUAUCCUGGACAGUGUGUGUGGGAUGUUCCCACAUCUUCUCUCUCCUCUUCUGCAGCUGCUCAAAGCCCUUGUAUCGGAUAAAUCUACUGCAAAAAAGGUGUACAGUUUCCUGGAUAAAAUGUCCUUCUACAUUGAGUUGUACAAACACAAGCCUCCUGAUGUGAUCUCGCAUGAAGAUGGCACCCUUUGGAGAAGGCAGGUGCCAAAACUUCUCUAUCCCCUGGGACUGGGCCAGACAAACCUACGAAUACCUCAGGGAACAGUGGGCCAGGUGAUGCUGGAUGACCGGGCAUACUUAGUACGAUGGGAAUAUUCCUACAGCAGCUGGACAUUGUUCACCUGUGAAAUUGAGAUGCUGCUCCAUGUUGUAUCGACAGCAGAUGUGAUUCAGCACUGCCAGAGGGUCAAGCCAGUCAUUGACCUGGUUCACAAGGUCAUCAGCACUGAUGUGUCGAUAGCAGAUUGUCUUCUGCCAAUCACAUCACGGAUCUACAUGCUGUUACAGAGGUUAACAAGUGUGAUCUCUCCCCCAGUGGAUGUUAUUGCUUCUUGUGUCAAUUGUUUGACUGUAUUGGCUGCCCGCAUGCCAGCUAAGGUCUGGACUGAUCUUCACCACACAGGGUUCUUACCAUUUGUUGCCAAUCCAGUUUCCAGUAUGAGUCACAUGAUUAGUGCUGAGGGAAUGAAUGCUGGGGGCUAUGGAAACCUGUUGAUGAGCGUGGAACAGCCUCAGGGCGAGUAUGGUGUCACCAUCUCCUUCCUACACUUGGUCACAACUCUUGUCCGUGGACAACUUGGCAGCACCCAGAGCCAAGGGCUGAUGCCCUGCAUUGUGUUUGUGCUGAAGGAAAUGUUACCAAACUACCACAAAUGGCGCUAUAACUCCCAUGGAGUGAGAGAACGAAUUGGGUGCCUAAUCCUGCAGCUCAUUCAUGCUAUUCUGAAUCUCUGCCCUGAAAUGGAUCCUCACAGCAGCAAUGCUCCAAGCCUGCAGUCCUUGUGCAUCUUCAGCCUGGCCAACACGGAAGCAGGACAGGCUGUCAUUAACAUCAUGGGCAUCGGUGUGGACACCAUUGAUAUGGUAAUGGCCUCACAGUCCUGUAGUUAUACUCACUCACUGGAGAAUUUCAAGGGAAUUGCACGCAUUGCAGAUUUGUGGAACGAUGAGUCACUGGGCCAGGGCCAGCUGCUGAUCCAGACAGUAAAGCUGGCAUUCUCGGUCACCAAUAACGUCAUCCGGUUGAAAUCCCCUUCUAGCGUGGUAUCCCCACUGGAACAGGCACUUACUCAGCAUGGUGCUCAUGGGAACAAUCUGAUUGCUGUCUUGGCCAAAUAUAUCUACCACAAACACGACCCAGCACUGCCACGCCUUGCCAUCCAGCUGCUCAAACGACUCGCUACGGUAGCUCCGAUGUCUGUUUACGCCUGCCUUGGGAGUGAUGCUGCUGCCAUUCGUGAUGCCUUUUUGACCCGCCUGCAGAGUAAGAUUGAGGACAUGCGCAUUAAAGUCAUGAUCCUGGAGUUCCUCACUGUUGCUGUAGAGACACAGCCUGGGCUCAUUGAGCUCUUCCUGAACCUGGAAGUGAAAGAUGGGAGUGAUGGGUCAAAGGAAUUCAGCUUAGGGGAAUGGAGUUGCCUCCAAGUGGUCUUGGAACUGAUAGACUCCAAACAGCAGGAAAGAUACUGGUGCCCUCCCCUCUUGCACCGGGCUGCCAUUGCAUUCCUUCAUGCCCUGUGGCAGGACCGUCGGGAUAGUGCCAUGCUGGUCUUGAGGACCAAGCCAAAGUUUUGGGAAAACUUAACCAACCCCCUCUUUGGGACCCUUUCUCCCCCCUCAGAAACAUCAGAGCUCAGUGUCUUGGACACUUGUGCCUUAAUCAUGAAAAUCAUCUGCCUGGAGAUCUACUAUGUGGUCAAGGGCUCACUGGACCAAUCCCUGAAAGACACCCUGAAGAAGUUCUCCACAGAAAAGCGCUUUGCUUACUGGUCAGGAUAUGUGAAGUCAUUGGCAUUGCAUAUGGCAGAGACAGAGGGUAGCAGCUGCACCUCCUUGACGGAGUAUCAGAUGCUGAUCUCGGCCUGGCGGAUGUUGCUGAUUAUCUCCACCAGUCAUGCAGAUAUAAUGCAUCUGACUGAAACUGCAGUCCGGCAGCAACUGUUUCUGGAGGUGCUAAGUGGGACCAAAGCUUUACUGCUGGUCCCCAUGUCGGUGUUGUGCCUGCAGCUGGGGUCCAUGCUGUGCACCCUUCUGCUGAUCCUGCUUAAACAGUGGAAGAGCGAGUUGGGUUCUGUGGAUAAAAUCAUAAACUCCUUGACGCAGAUUCUGGAGGGAGUGCUGCAGGCAGAUCAGCAGAUGAUGGAGAAGACCAAGGCUAAGGUGUUCUCUGCUCUCAUCACUGUUCUGCAGAUGAAGGAGAUGAAAGUGAGCGAGAUCCCUCAGUACUCCCAGCUGGUGAUGAGCGUGUGCGAGACCCUCCAAGAUGAAGUAAUUGUGCUCUUUGAUCAGACACGACAUAGCCUCACGUCUGGAGACUCUGCAGAUGACAAGGACAGCAUGGAAACAGAUGAUGCCUGCCGGGGUAAACACAAGGACCAGCGAGAUGGGGUGUGUGUUCUAGGGCUGCAUCUGGCAAAGGAACUCUGUGAAGUAGACGAAGAUGGAGAUUACUGGCUGCAGGUUACUAGGAAGGUCCCUAUGCUGCCUACUAUCUUCACUGCCCUAGAGAUCAGCCUGAGAGUUAAACAAAACCUUCACUUCACAGAAGCCUCAUUGCAUCUACUGCUGACCUUAGCCAGGACGCAACAGGGUGCAGCAGCUGUGGCUAGUGCUGGUGUCACACAGAGCAUCUGUUUGUCCCUCUUGAGCGUAUACCAGCUCAGCACUAAUGGAACAAUUCAGACACCUGCUUCAUCUCGGAAGUCUCUGGAUGCCCCAUCCUGGCCUGGGGUCUAUCGUCUCUCCAUAUCAUUGAUGGAGCGCCUUCUUAAGACACUAAGGUACAACUUCCUGACAGAGGCACUGGACUUUGUGGGUGUCCAUCAGGAGAGGAUUCUUCAGUGCCUGAAUGCAGUACGGACAGUGCAGAGCCUGGCCUGUCUGGAAGAAGCUGACCACACUGUUGGCUUCAUUCUUCAGCUCUCCAACUUUAUGAAAGAGUGGCAUUUCCACCUUCCACAGCUCUUGAGGGACAUACAGGUGAACUUGUGUUACCUCUGCCAGGCUUGUACCUCCCUCCUGCACAGCCGCAAAAUGCUUCAGCACUACCUGCAGACGAAAAAUGGCGACUCCCUCCCAUCAGCUGUGACACCUCGAGUGCAACGCACCCCCCAGACCUCCUCCAAGCAUCCGAGCCCUGAGUCAGAGGCAGCCGAGCAGAAGGCGCUGCGUACGGUGCAGUAUGGUCUCUUGAAAAUCCUCAGCAAAUCUCUAGCUGCCCUACGCCACUUCACCCCCGACGUCUGCCAGAUCCUCCUCGAUCAGUCACUGGACCUGGCUGAGUACAACCUUCUCUUUGUUCUGAGUUUUACAACACCUGCCUUCGAUUCAGAUGUCGCUCCUUCCUUUGGGACCCUCUUGGCCACUGUCAAUGUGGCCCUUAACAUGUUGGGAGAGCUGGAUAAGAAGAAAGAGCCUUUCGCUCAAGCUGCAGGGCUGAAUACACAAGAGGAGACUAAAACUCUUAAGUCUUUGCUCAUGUUUACAAUGGAAAACUGUUUCUACCUGCUCAUCUCCCAGGCUGUUCGGUAUUUGAGGGACCCAGCGGUGCAUCCACGAGACAAGCAGCGGAUGAAGCAGGAGCUCAGCUCUGAGCUGAGUACACUGCUCUCAAGCCUGUCUCGUUACUUUCGCCGGGGCGGCCCCUCUUCUCCAGCCAGUGGGGUUCUUCCCUCCCCCCAGGGAAAGUCUGCCUCCAAGAUUGGCCCUGAGGGGCAGGAGCCUUUGGUCCAGCUGGUACAAGCCUUUGUCAGACAUGUGCAGAGAUAGGUUGUGUGCUAUUGCUGCUAUUUCAGGAUUGCACCAGAACUAUUCAUUUCCACCUCAG